GGGGUCCUUGCUCAGGUCGCCCUCUGCCCUGGCAACAUGGUGGCCCUCAUUGUGUCACCCGGCAGAUCUCUGCUGCGGCGAGGAGCUGAGCGACUGCUGGGAGGAGUCUGGGAUCUACUCUGGCUGCGACUUGAAGGGAGUCUAGAGCGCGACUUCAGUCUUUCUCACCAUCGGGGCACAGUCGUCGUAGAGCGCUGGUGGAAGGUGCCGCUGGCCGGGGAGGGCCGAAAGCCUCGCCUCCACCGGCGACACCGAGUCUACAAGCUGGUGGAGGACACGAAACACCGGCCCAAAGAAAACCUGGAGCUCAUCCUCACUCAGUCUGUGGAGGAACUUGGAGUCCGGGGUGACCUGGUCUCGGUGAGGAAAUCUUUGGGUCGUAACAAACUCCUUCCUCAGGGACUGGCUGUAUACCCAUCCCCUGAAAACAAGAAAUUGUUUGAAGAGGAGAAACUGAUGAGACAAGAAGGAAAAUUAGAGAGGAUACAGACCAAAGCAGGUGAGGCGACAGUGAAAUUUCUGAGAAGCUGUCAUCUGGAAGUAGGAAUGAGGAACAAUGUCAGAUGGGAGUUGAACUCUGAAAUAGUUGCUCGCCACUUCUUCAAGAAUCUUGGUGUUGUUGUUGCCCCACAUGCCCUGAAGUUACCAGAGGAGCCGAUCACACAGUGGGGCGAGUACUGGUGUGAAGUGACGGUAAAUGGACUUGACACUGUGAGAGUUCCUAUGUCUGUGGUGAACUUCGAGAAGCCCAAGACCAAGAGAUACAAGUACUGGCUAGCCAAACAGGCUGCCAGGGGCAUGGCCCCCAUCAACUCCCAGUCUGAAUCUGUUCACCCACCGAAACCAUAAAGCAGAAGCAGGCGGCAGUAGAGCAAAAAUGGGGCAGCACUUGACUGCACUCCCAGCUUUGAGCAAAUGUGGAAGCUUAGAGACCAAAUGGAAACAUCCAACUGAACUGCAGGUACGGUUGGAAUCCCCACAUUUGCCAUCUCUGUCUUCAGCAGUCGAUAUGUCUGGCUUUGUUGGGGCAGUUGUGCUCAAGAAGAACCAAUGUGACUGGAUUCAAGCAGUCUAGAUGCCACUUAGCCUCUUCCUCCGCUGGAAUCCAUUGCUACAAAUGGAUGAGAAAGACACUGUGUCUAGUAGUACUUGGCUUGGUUUUGUCAUCUAAACUCAACAUUGUAUUUCAAGCAGAAGUUUUAAAAUGUGGAAUUUGGUUUUUUUGUUUUUUGUUUUUUUAAGGUGUAAUUUAGGGCUUAAGUAGACUGGAGAAAGAACAUUAAAGUGAGUCUUUAUCCAUUUAAGUUUGCAGCUAAAAAAGAGGGAGUGGGAGAAUAUGUUAGGUUUGUAUAUCUCACAGUUGCUAUUAGCAGAUUACUCUCAGCUGAUUGCCAUUGGUCUUAAAACUCAUUCUCAUUAGAUAUAUUGAUAAAGUCAUCAGUGUCAACAA